UAUGUGGGCGAUUUUGACAGCAGCAGAGUUGUUUAGGAGACAAACAAGGACGUGUUGAAGGGGACAAUUCUUUCCCUCCUUGUUCCACUCGAACUCGCACAGACAGCUUCUCAACGCACGGAGGUUUCUGACGGGAUGUCGGUUUCCGAUCGGGCUGUCCAUUGUAAGGUAGAUCGAUUUGUCUGAUGAAUGAUCCUUCCCCUAGUCCCGUCCUCCGUCAUGGUCGACAUGGAGAGCCACUGCCGGCCUCCGUCCCCCCUAGAGGAUUCGGUGCUGGGCAGCCCGCUGUGUGGGGACUUCAUCGGGGGCAUGGAGGAGCUGCAGGACAUCUCCCAAUCCAUCCACGGUGAUGCCCACAGCUCCUUUGACGUCCCUGAGUACCAGUCCCAGUCAAGUAACGGCUCUGGCUCUGAAGGAUCCACCUUUCUAGAUGCUCUGACCCCAGCCUCCAGUCCAUCGUCGGGAGUGUAUGGGGCGGUUGCAGGGCAGGAAGAGUUCUCCUCCACCUCGCUCAACCUGGAGUGUCGGGUGUGUGCCGACCGCGCCUCCGGAUACCACUAUGGAGUUCACGCCUGUGAGGGCUGCAAGGGUUUCUUUCGGCGGACCAUCCGCCUCAAGCUGGAAUAUGACAAGUGUGAACGCCGAUGUAAGAUCCUGAAGAAGAACCGGAACAAGUGCCAAUACUGCCGCUUCCAGAAGUGCCUGUCUGUGGGCAUGUCCCACAAUGCGAUCCGUUUUGGUCGGAUGCCCCAGUCAGAGAAGCUGAAGCUGAAGGCAGAGAUCCAGACGGGGGACAUGGAGGUGGAGGACCCUGAGCAAGCCGACCAGAAGACCCUGGCUAGGCACAUCUAUGAGGCCUACCUCAAAAACUUCAACAUGAACAAGGCCAAAGCCCGCACCAUCCUCACCGGAAAGACCAGCACUCCACCAUUUGUCAUCCACGACAUGGAUACCCUCCAGCUGGCAGAGCAGACCCUCGUUGCCAAGAUGGUGGGCACGGCUGGGGGCCAUCUGCUGGAGAAGGAGGCUGAGGUCCGCAUCUUCCACUGCUGCCAGUGCACCUCCGUGGAGACGGUCACAGAGCUGACUGAGUUCGCCAAGUCUGUCCCCGGCUUCUCCAGCCUGGACCUGAACGACCAGGUGACUCUGCUGAAGUAUGGAGUGUAUGAGGCGCUGUUCGCCCUGCUGGCCUCAUGUAUGAACAAGGAUGGCCUCCUGGUGGCCUACGGAUCGGGCUUCAUCACCAGGGAGUUUCUCAAGAGUCUGAGGAGGCCCUUCAGCGACAUGAUGGAACCCAAGUUCCAGUUCGCCAUGAAGUUCAACGGGCUGGAGCUGGAUGACAGUGACCUGGCCCUGUUUGUGGCCGCCAUCAUCUGCUGUGGAGACCGUCCCGGCCUGGUGAACGUUGGCCACAUUGAGCGCAUGCAGGAGAACAUUGUUCAGGUACUGCGGCUCCACCUGCUGGCCAACCACCCAGACGAUACCUUCCUCUUCCCCAAGCUGCUGCAGAAACUGUCCGACCUCCGGCAGCUGGUCACCGAGCACGCUCAGUUGGUCCAGGAGAUCAAGAAAACAGAGGACAUGUCACUCCACCCCUUGCUGCAGGAGAUCUACAGAGACAUGUACUGAGACACUGAGCCCAGAAAGGAGGGUGGGGGCUGUGUCACACACCCACCUCACCCUCCAUCUUGGGGACAUGUACUGAGUCUAGAAAGGAGGUUGACCUCCAUUUUGGGGACACAUGCGUGAACAGUCUCUCUGAAUAGUCCCACCAUGAAAGGAUUGAACCACUGGACCCCCAGAUGCAGGGUUGCUCGUCUUUCAGACAGGACCGGUCAGGACAAUAGGACUAUAUUCUGGGCAACUGUAGUGGGGUCCACUACCCCCACAGGGACCUAUAUGGCCAUAUUACCUGUGUGGAUGGGCAAUGUGAAGCUGAACUGAGUGUCCUGUUCCAACUAGAGUUAGUGUUAGUGUCCUAACUAGAGAACAUGUAUUGGGCUGGGUUUAGACACCUUUGUCCAACGUCAGAAAUAAGUACACGGAUCAAAUAAUCAAUUGCUUGUUUAGAUAACAGUGGCUGUGUUUAGACAGGCAGCCCAAUUCUGAUAUUUCUUUCACUAAUUGGUCUUUUGACCAAUCAGAUCAGCUCUGAAAAAGAUCUGAUAUGAAAAGAUCUGAUGUGACUGGUCAAAAGACCAAUUAGUGGGAAAAAGAUCAGAAUUGGGCUGCCUGUCUAAAUGCAGCAUAUGAUUCAGUCAGACUAUAGCCACAAGAGUCCCUGCUACAGGGCAUCCCUUUCCUAUACGGUACACACAUCUCUGACCUAAUCAGGCCCUUGAGUGAUGAACAGCAGGACGUAUCGACAGAAUCACCACUCCAGCAGUAUCUUUAUAACCAUGUCAUUUUGUAACGAACUUCAGAGUGAGAGAAAAGAAUGAUAAUGUUGCACACCUAUUUUGCAGUAAAGACACCCAAGCGACUUCAAUGCCGAAUACAGACUUCAGAUGUGAGUGACUGUGUCUGUCUCACUGUAAGGCAGCUUUUUAGCGAUUGGAUGUUCUCCCCCAGUGAGGUUAUGGGAUUGCAUGGUCAAUAAGGUCCUCAUGAGUGUCGGUCUCUGUCACUGCCGGUGUGUGUGUCUCUCCUAUAUUCAGUUUCCUAACACUGUACCAGGUUACUGUCCCUCGGAUGUGGCUGCAGCGGCUCAAAAUCCAACUCACAGUACAAGUAAAUGUAACAUAUUGCUUAAUUCAUUUGGGGAAACCUCUCCUGUGUGUUUCUAAGCUCUUGCUCCUGCUUAGGCUAUAACUUAUCAUGUCUAAGAAAUGUGGAUUCCUCUGGGGGGGAAAAAAUGACUUUAGCUAUAAUUGUUAAUUUAACAUUUGCAUAUUUGCUAAUGUUAUCAUGAAUGAGGCUACAGAGUUUCAGAAAGUGCUCCCCAUAUUUCCCACUGAGUUUUUAGUCCUUUGCUCUUUUGGGCAAAGACCCACAGCCUCAGUUGGAGGGACACAUUAUUGGCAGCCACAGGUCUCCGUUGUUUAAACGUCAGUUACUCAUCAGUCAUACUUCCAUCGAGAAUUCACUAUGUGAUGGUUUUCACAUACCUUGACCUUCCACUCAUUUUCCUCUCCUAUCUAGACCAAACUCUAACAUGGAGGCUUUGGUGUGCAUUAUAUUCAUUUUAUAAAUUGAUUUCAAAGAUUUUUCAUUUUCAAUACUUUCACAAACAAAAGUAAACAAAGGACCAUGUCAAUAGUGUCAUGUGUUUAGUGUAUAGUGUGUAAUAGUGUGUUCCCCCCACCGUUCAGAACAUGGCUCCAUCAGGACAUUUGUUUGUAAGUGGUUUGAUUUCAUUCAAAACAGACUGAUUUGGAAAUGACCAAUCAGAGAUGCACUGUGUAAAUGCACCCACAACGCAACACUAAAGCACAGUGUGCUUACGAGAUAUGAUAUGAGACUCUUUUAUAUACUGUAAUAUUUGGCACUCCAUCUUGUUUUGUAUACUGGUAUUAAAAGGGCUAAUAUGACUUCAAACUAUAUUAAAACCUUAACAAAGGCAGAUUGAGAGCAGAUUUACAGCAUUUUAAGCCAUUAACUAGACAGCCUUCUCUCUCUCUCUCUCUCUCUCUCUCUCUCUCUCUCUCUCUCUCUCUCUCUCUCUCUCUCUCUCUCUCUCUCUCUCUCUCUAUAUAUAUAUAUAUAUAUAUAUAUAUAUAUAUAUAUAUAUACAUCUCUAUAUAUAUAGACUAGGGUCCAGUGGGUAUUUUGCUACUAUUUACACCUGUCUGUUUUAUCUAGUAGAGAUGAAAUACUAAAGCUGCCUCAUCAAACCAGCCAUCAAUCCUUCCCAGAACUGUUGAGAAUGUUUCAAAGACAGAAUGAAAUGAUCUUUCCUGUGUGCAUACUUUUCUGAUGGAAAGGAUAUACAAUACGUGUGUGUAUUUUCCGCGAGGGAAUGUUUUUUGUUCUUUGCUUACCGUAGCAAAUUGUCAUGAAUCCACAAAUCAAUGUUUUUUAUUGGUGUAAUGGACCUAGCUUCACUCUCUGCACCAUGUUCUAUUAAUGCUUUGUACAUAGAUUCAGUGAUUAUGUGAUCGCUUGUCCCAACUAUAACCAGAGGUAUGCAAGAUACUAACUAUUAUUGGGUAUGCUUUGUAUUCCUUUUUGUCUGGUAAAUACAUUUCAAUGUUUUAAAUGGUACAGAAAUAUAGGUAUGUUUUUGAUUAAGCGCUACCUAAUUUGACAAUGUUUAUAAUUGAGUUGGAUCAUAUUUUUAUACUAAAGCAUAUAUAUAUAUAUAUAUAUAUAUAUAUAUAUAUAUAUAUAUAUAUAUCAGAAAUGGUUUCGUUGAAUAACUAGGCUGAAAAAUGCAAUGUAAAUAGAAUAGCUAAGUAUCUGGUGAUACAACCAUAGACGUGAUUCCCACUGGGGACAUUCCUUUGGUUAAUUCCCACACUAGAGAGAGAGAGAGAGAGGGAGAGUUAACAUGUUCUCUAUGUGCUGUGCUUCGGUGUAGGGAUACUAAAAGCACUCAUAGCAAAUAUCAACACUUGAACGCAAAACCUUUCAUGGGUUAUUGACACUAUUUUCACUCAACAACAUGAUCUGGAUAUAUUAUUCGUCUUGAACAUGCAUAAGUAAAUCAUCAGCGUUAAGACUGGUAAUAAGCUAUCGUGGCACAGAUCCUACAUCAAUACUGCAGGUUUCCUUCUAUGCUAUGGUCUCAGGUGGAAGAUUAGGUAAUAAAGGGGAUGAUUAGGGCGUCAUUUCACUAUUCAGAACAUAAAUGCUCCAGAACUGCCUCAUUAUGUUCUUCAAGCCAAACGGUUUGUUGUUUUUGUGGCCCUACUAUAUAUCCCUUCUCUGUUCUGAUACAUGUACAGUAUAGUAUAACAUUACACACUCAUAACUUGUCCACAAUGAACAGCUAAAUGCAGUAAAGAUGCAGUAUAUUGUUUAUUAGAAACUGAGUGUUUCGAGCCCUGAAUGCUGAUUGGCUGAUAUUUCAGACCAUAUACCAUGGGUGUGAUGACAAAACAUGUAUUUUUACUGCCCUAAUUACGUUGGUAACCAGUUUAUAAUAGCAAUAAGGCACCUCUGGGGUUUGUGGUAUAUGGCCAAUAUACCACAGCUAAGGGCUGUAUCCAGGCACUCCGAGUUGCGCAUAAGAACAUCCCUUAGCCGUGGUAUAUUGGCCAUAUACCACACCCCCUCUGGCCUUAUUGCUUAAUUAACAUGCUUCCGCUGUAUCAAGCGUUUUACUGGCUUCCCUCCUCACUCGCUGCUGUGUUCUAACUUACUUAAUUAUAAUCAUUAUAAUCAUGCCAUAUGUUAGAUAACUGAAUUUCAAGCUGCCUGUAAUGGCAGUUCUACAAUAUCUAUUGCUCUGCGAAAUGCAUCGCUGCAUUAAUCCACUAGAUUCUAGAAUCACAAGGUGAACAGAACACAUUAGGGAGUAAACUCAACCCGUGCCUUAACCUAUGACAUACAACACUAGACACAAUGGAGUCAAGUAAAGCUGUACACAGUUCUGUACAGUUCUGUGUCCUCCUGCCAGAAGCUGCUGGUAUGGAUAUGAUACUACACAGUACAGAGAUACACAAAGAGAGGAUAUGGCGUCAUGACAUAAUUAGGGAAGGUUUCAAAUUUGUGAUAGGCAGACAGACCAUUGUUGAAUCUGUGGAACAUAACGACUGUUUGGAAUUACAUUCCUCCACAUUAGAGAGAUUGCUCUCUUGCAAUAGUGUAAAUACAAACAAGAUUAUAUAAUGGUUCAAACACUAGAGGAAAAACCCAGAGGAGAAGUUAUGUGAUUGGUAAAUUGAAGAUGUCUGCUACCCUUAAGGAUCUAUAUUGUUUUGUGUUGAAUUGACAAGGGACUUUUGACAAGUAUCAGGGAAAAUAUUGUGUCCCUUAGUUUAUACUAGCUCAGGACAUAGCGAGGUACUGUUCUUUUAUUUUUCAAGUGAGUUUAUAGUGCCCUGCCAUACAGCACACAUAUAAUAAUAAUAAUAAUAAUAAUAACAAAUACAGCUCUGCAGAGAUGAUGAGUGCAGAAGAUAUAGGAAAAGGUUUGUAUUUUUGUAGUAAAGAGUUGAUGCAGUGUUUUUAUGGCUAGUGUCAUGCAAAGAGACUGGAGACAGUCUUUGGAUGCUUUGUUUAUGUAUACUGUGGCUUGGUAACAAUAAAGUACAUUUUUGAUGAA